AUGGAAUAUUGGACACAAGACUACGAUAACUUCAGUCUAGGCCCCAAGGAAUUUGUGCCCUGCAACCUCGACCCUAACCCUGUUGAAGUCCUCACCCAGACGUACAUCCACUCCAUCAUCUGUGCGUUCGGUCUGAUCGGCAACACCCUGGUAAUCGGCACCUACAUAUUCUACAAGAGAGCCAAAACGAUGACAGACGUCUACCUCUUCAACGUGGCCGUGGCAGACCUGAUCUUCGUGUUGUCUCUGCCGCUCAUCAUAUACAACGAGCACAACGGCUGGGCGAUGGGCCGCGUGGCCUGCAAGAUGCUGAGGUCAGCCUACAGCAUCAACCUCUACAGCGGCAUGUUUCUGCUGGCGUGUAUAAGUGCAGACCGCUACGUGGCUAUAGUUCAGGCUAGAAGGUCCUUUGGUGCUCGUUCAUGCGCUCUGCUCUACAGUCGCCUCAUCUGCUCAGCUGUGUGGGUGUUAGCCGUGGCUCUAACUCUGCCCACACUCAUCUACACCGAGCGCGAUGAAGAGCCCAAUCAUGGACAGGAUGAACCGGUUUCUGUGACGUGUCAACUGUUUUUCAGCAAGAAUGAAACGGCAAAGCUGAUUAAGGUGGUGGUUCCCAGCCUUCAGAUGGCCAUCGGCUUCCUGCUGCCUCUGCUGGUGAUGGUGUUCUGCUACUCCUGCAUCGUGUGCACCUUGCUGAGGGCACAGAGCAGCCAGAGGCACAAGGCUGUGCGUGUGGUUUUGGCGGUUGUUGCGGUUUUCAUCAUUUGCCACCUUCCCUACAAUGUGGCUCUGCUGAAACACACCCUGUCUCUUUUUAAGCAGAGGAGUUGUGACUUAGAGAAGAUUAAACUCCAAGUUCUGGCCAUUUCCAGGAGCGUAGCAUACCUCCACUGCUGCCUCAACCCCAUCCUGUAUGCCAGCGGAAUGAGGGUCAGAGCGCUGGAGAGGGCUGCGCUCAACACAUGCUCUGCUCGAUGA